AAUUAGAAUAAUUCUUGAAGCAAUAGACAAUAAUUUUAUAACAUACUCUCCAGUAAUAUUAAAUAUGAAUUGGAAGUUUUUGAGUCCAAUAAAUUGUUCAUAUUUAUUCAACUUAUUAUUCAAUUUAAAAUAAAUAAAUAAAAUAGAUGGCGUUAGUGUUCCGCUUUUCAUGAACAGCUGGAAGAUUAGCAGCCAUCUGUUCUGUAGAGGUAGACGACAAACUCGCGGUAGAAUCGUAUCGUAGAAAAGUCUUUUGUGGUUAGAAUUCUGAUCAGUCCCAGUGGAUAUAUUUUACAGCAAAAAAUAAUAAUGGGUCUCUCCGGUUGAUCUACACGUUGCAGCUGACCGCCAGGCUUGCCAACUUUGUUCCGGUUGUUGUGUUGGCAGUCAACAUCAUGAAAGUGGUAGCACUGAUCAGUGGCGGCAAGGACAGCUGUUACAACAUGUUGCAGUGUGUGGCUGCCGGCCAUCAGGUGGUUGCGUUGGCCAACCUGCGGCCUGAGAGUAAAGAUGAACUAGACAGCUACAUGUACCAGACAGUGGGUCACCAGGGUAUAGAACUGUAUGCAGAGGCUCUGGGCCUUCCGCUGUUUAGACAGAGCACUCAUGGGGUGGCGCUUCACCAUGACAAGGUCUACCUCCCAACACCCGAAGAUGAAGUCGAGGACCUGUAUCGUCUACUGGUCAACGUUAAGGAUGAAAUUGAUAUUGAAGCAGUGGCUGUAGGCGCUGUGCUUUCUGAUUAUCAACGAAUUCGUGUAGAAAAUGUGUGUUCAAGACUAGGGUUGGUAGCACUAGCUUACCUGUGGCGCCGAGACCAGGCCGAACUUCUACAGGAAAUGAUCGACUGCAGUGUGGAAGCUGUUAUUAUCAAGGUGGCAGCCCUGGGCCUCGAUCCGUCCAAACAUCUUGGCAAGAAGAUAUCCGAAAUACAACCUCAUCUAGUCAAAAUGAAUGAAAAGUACGGGUUAAAUAUAUGUGGCGAAGGGGGCGAAUAUGAGACUUUUACACUAGACAUGCCCUUGUUCGCUAAAUCUCUUAUCAUCGAAGAAUUUGAAACUGUGAUUCACUCCAACGAUGCCAUUGCACCUGUCGGCUACCUCAACUUUGGAAAAAUGAGACUGGUAGAAAAAGAGAACACAAGUCAUGAACUGAGCCUGCAUGAGAGACUCAUCAGGUCAGGCUGUCCUGUUAGAAAUGCCAUAGACUAUAUAUCUGAUAUUGAUGUUGUAGAAGAUGUAAUUGAUAGUGAGGAUGCUGAUCAGACUGAUGAUGCUUCACAACCUGCUCUUCCUGUACUAACUCCCGAUGAUACCUAUCACAAGCCAGAGAUUGGUGAAGAGGAGCAGGAAGAUCUGUCGACAGAUGCCAGCGUAGUGGUGAGUUCUCCAUCGGGAUGGACGUGGCUGGGAGGAAUAGUCGGCGAUAAUCAAGACAUUGCAGUCGCCACCAAAACAGCUCUAUCCAAUUUAUGUGGUCUGUUGGAGACCGCCCAAGUGCCAGUCGCUGAUCUGGUGUCGGUGUGUUUGUACGUGCGAGACAUGUCUGCGUAUGCGCACAUCAACAGCGAGUACGUGCGUGUGUUGAGUGCACUCAAUCCACCUGUGCGUGUGUGCGUCGAGACGCCCCUAUCGCCAAACACUCCUGUUGUUGUUGAGGCAUUAGCGUACACGCCGGCCGUGAAGAAGCCGCGUGCCCAGGGUGGGGAGACACCCACUGAUGGGGGUGGGGGUGGGUCAGUGCCCAUGUAUGCCACAUGUGCGAGGCACACCAUGCAUGUACAGGGUGUGUCCCAUUGGGCGCCCGCUAACAUCGGGCCAUAUAGCCAGUCUGUCAGGAUAGGAGACAUGAUUUUGGUGGCGGGUCAGAUAGCGCUGGUGCCCGGAUCUAUGCAGAUGGUGGAUGGGGGAGGGGUGAGGCGACAAUGUCGUCUGUCGCUGAGACACGUCGGUCGCAUCAUCCGGGCGAUGGAUGCCAACACACAGCUCAGGGAUGUCGUACAGGUACCUCAAAGCGUCACAGUCAUUCAUUUGUUCAUCUACUACCACUCAAACAAACUAUCACAUGUUGAACAAAUCACUAAACGGUUCCAGAUAGUCAUAGUAUUUUUAUUUCAUUUUUUGACUACUUUCAUUCUCAUUCCAUUAUUGUUUGUGAUUUCAGAUGAAGAGACUGGUUUUGUGGUUGGCUGCAACCGCGUAUCACUCUGUCGUCGAUGGAACUACGAUAACACCAUAUCCGCUAUUGUAGUCUCCGUAUCUGCAGGGAGAUCAGUGUCCAGCCUCACCGUGAACGAAGGCGAUGGCACCUCAUUGGUGGAAACCAUUCAGCCAAUGAGCGAAGAGCAACUAGUUCAGGUGUUCUCCUAUUCGCUGAACCGGCUGACUAGGAACGCAACCGACGUGGCAUCGCUGGUGUGUGUACUGCGCAUCUUCUACCGCGCAGAUCGCAGUCCGAAAGCUGAAACCAUCAUGGCGGCCCUGGGACAGGUGGAGGGGGGAUUCAAAAUGGUGCCCACCUUGGUUCCGGUUGUGCAGCUUGGUCACCCUAACACCUUCCUCAGCAUAUGUGCUGUCAGACAUGUGUAG